GCACUCCCUCCCCCUUCCUUCUAAAUUGUUUUCUCAACUCAGUUGAGUCUCAAAGCCUGUCUCCUGCUUGUCUCAGACAGCUGGAAUGUCUCUGGGCUGAAUGAACAGGCAAGGAGCAUGACUUGGUGGCACCGUGGAAGGGUCUCAGCCUCCAGAAGGGACAACCCAUCUGUCUCACCUGCAGUGCUGGCAGCCAGGGACAUUUAACACCACCUCAGAUGGCUGCCUGCAGCCUGCCUCUGCUCCUGCUGCUGCUCCAGGACGUCCAGACAACCCAACAGACCUCAUUAAGCCCACGCCAUUCCUGUGAUACACUAGAGAACUGGUUCUAUGAUGAAACUUCACAAAACUGCUGUUACCAGUGUCCCUCAGGCUAUGUUAAAAAGAAAGCAUGUCCUCAGAAUCCAGCUGAAGACUGCAUGACAUGUGGACCUGAUCAGUAUUUGAGCAAUAAAUCCCAAAAGCCACAAUGUGAUGCCUGUGUGUCAUGCCCAAAAGAGCUGGACCUGGUGGAGAAGCAGCCCUGCUCCUUCAAUUCCAGCCGCGUGUGCGAGUGCCGGCCGGGGCUGUUCUGCCAGCUGCAGGUGGUGGACAGCUGCUCGCGCUGCCAGCCCCACUCUGCCUGCAGGCCUGGCUUCGGCGUCAAAGGCAGGGGCACCGCGACAAAAGAUGUCACUUGUGAAGAGUGCCCUCCUGGGACCUUCUCGGAUCAAAACUCCAGCACAGACAUCUGCAAACCCCACACCAACUGUGCCAAGUUGAACAAAGUAAUACUAAGGAAAGGAAAUGCUACCCAUGAUCAAGUUUGCCUGGACCAGUUGCCCACUUACCUCACCCCAAGCACUUUGUCCGUGAGAUUCAGCAAUGAAACAAAUGACUUUGACCUGAGGAUGUUUAAGGACAACCUGGUGACCUCUGCUAGUGGUGACCUUCUAAGUGCCACAACAACUGAAAACCCCAGUUCAACUCCUGAGGAGAAAGCUGGCACUUCUCCCACCUCAGCCAAGGGGGAGAUGACAACAGGAGGUGUCGUGCUUUGGGCAGUGGUUCUCUCUGUGGCAGUGCUUCUUGGGGGCACGCUGGCAUUUUGGAAAUGGAAGGUUUGCAAGAAGCGGAUCCUCGUCCUCAGGAGGAAGCCACACCUGCAUUCGGUCAUCGCACACAAAUACGUGCUCAAGUCUCAAGGUUCAGAUCUCGUGAACAAAUGUGCAAAGAUCAUACUGACCACUGACAGUGGGCUAGAAGAGGAGGAGUUAAUUGACAGAGCCCUUCCUUUGGAAACCAACAAUAACUUGGUGUCCAGCACAGAAAAAGCCCAGAGUGCUCAUCGGGGUGUGACUGAUGUGACACCAAGCACUGGGAAUGCCCCAGACUGCCCUGUGGAUUCUCGAGUCAGAGACCACACAAAUAACAGAAUUGAAAAACUCUACAUCAUGAAGGCCGACACUGUUAUCGUGGGCUCUGUUUCAGAAGUGCCCAGUGGCAAGAACUGUGCUCUUAAAGGAUGUGAGAGUAACGAUGCCCAGGAAAGCAUGGAAGAAGAAUUGGAAAUGCACUACCCAGAGCAGGAAACAGAGUCUUUUCCAGGGAAUGAUGUAAUGGUUCCUGUGGAAGAGGAGGGAAAGGAAUUUCACCACCCUACCACUGCCACUGAGAAGUGACAACCCACAGAGAUACAGAAGACACAGAAUCAUCCAGUGUGACACUAAGGCUGAAUUUAUGACCAGGGAGGUAAACAC